AAUUAAUGUUUGAGGUUUGAGUUAAAACCACUGAUGUUAAAACACGUUAAAACAUUCAAACUACAACAAAUAAAUGUUUCUAUUUUUUGUGGAGUACAUAUUGAUGAUUUAAUGGUUUGAUAGUUAUCAAAUGUUAUCCCUGCUAAAAAAUUCAACAUGAUGGAUUCGAAUGCAAAAGCAAGUCUUCCAACUAUAGGGCCAGAGAACUCGAACCACCAAGCAUCCAGCCAAUCUUGUACCUUAGGAAUGAGAAAAUCCAAAUCCUCCCUUGAGGAAAACGAUGAUGAUGAAGAUGUAAAAAAGUUGAAAAGUUUUAUUAGCAAGAAUUUUGCUGGAUGUGAUCUGACAUUGUGUAUUUUCAUGGCAGCAGCUAAGACCUUCAAAAUAGAUCAGUGUCUGCGUCCUUUUCCUCAGUGUUUUGUCGAUGACAACAAUGAGAAAGAUUUUGUUAGACUUAAAAAAACAUGUGAUAAAAUUCCACCUUUAAAGGAUUUCCUAACGCUUCCUUCAAAGAAUAUUUCCAAAGAUAUUAGAAACCUGCUUAGUUAUUUAUUUAUGGAAUCGGGGAUUCCCGUAUUUAGUGAUUGCUCUGUGGAAAACUUACCAUUAUCAGUGGUAAACAAACAGGCCAGUAUCAGUGCCCUACCCCAAUACGUAUUUGAAGUAAAUUACAAUUCAAAAUUCGAAGAAGCCUUCAAAAAGAGAAAAGGAUCCCGUGAAAUUAUUUAUGCAUUCCAUGGCAGUUCUGUUCAUAAUUUCUAUUCAAUUCUAAAAUUUGGUUUGCAACAGCACUUCAGACAAAGCAAGGAGGUACUAUUUGGCAAUGGAAUUUAUCUUUCAAAUGAAAUAUCUGUCUGCACAAAUUAUUCUCCAUUUGGAGAAACUUGGGAAAAUAGCAGUCUAGGACAGAAACAUAGCAUCAUAGCACUUUGUGAAAUUAUAAACAAUGAGGAAGAAGUAAAAUGCAAAGAUGAAAAAAAUAAAAAACGAGCAUUAAACCAAGACAGUUACGGUGCAAUUCCUGACAAGUAUUUUGUUGUAACUAAUAGCGAAUUAGUUAAAAUUAAAUAUUUAUUAGCAUAUAGAUAUAGAGCAUCAACUGUUGUGGCAUCUUUUACAAAGAAAAACUGCCUUUGGAUUGUAAUUGUUUUAUAUUUGGCUAUAUUAGUUUUGAUAAGACUUGUAAAUGGACCUUCAUGGCCUAAAUUCAUAAGGUACUUAUGUUCUUUCAUAGAAUAAACAGUUUAUAUUUCAAACUCCUGAUGAUGAGAUUAAAUACUUAAUUAUUUUAGGUUUCCUGUUCUCAAAAGGCGAUUUUAGUUGACGAGAUCAUAUAUUAAAGCUGCUGAACAAAAAUUGAAUAAAAAUGAUGCUGAGGUUGAUUCAGUACAAACUAAAAUCGCCUUGUGAGAUCAGGUCUUUAGCUGCAUUGAAGAAGUUUGAGAGAAUUUUUUCAUAGGAGCAUAUGUGUAAAGUAUUUAUGAAAUACAAAUGUUUGUUAUAUA